CUGUCUCCAAAGACCUGUGGAAAUACGCAGCCACUUGUGCUGAUGGCGUCCAGCAAUAUAAUGCGAAUUGAAUUGGCAAGUACUAGGACAGAAGUCAACUUUAAAGCUACUUAUAGUUCUGGUGAGUUUGUCUAUUUUACUUGUUUCCUUCAAAUUCACACGGAAGAAGCCAUUUCUAUUCAGAGCAUCAGAAAGCAAAAACAUUUUAGGGACAGUAACCCUUUUUUUUCAUUGGCAGCUGAUGAAGUUACCCAUGGGUAUCAGCAGGAAUUUUACAGGGGGUGGGGGGGCAUAAUUGUAAUGACAUCAAUGUAUGCCAACCGCAUAAGUCGUGUGUGUGUGGAGAGAGAGAGAGAGAGAGAGAGAGAGAGAGAGAGAAUAGCACUCCCAGGUUUUCAUUUCAAGAAAGAUAUAAAUACAAAAAAACAAGUCCUGCGCUCACUUCCAUCACUCCUGGGCGGCAGCAACGACCACAGUACACAUCAGCCCCAAUACAUACAGUAAAAACCAAACUCCAAACCAAAACCAAACCAACUCUUGCUACCCAGAGUUAAACUAUAAAAAGAUUUCUCAUUUAAUCCCCUUGGGGAUGUAGUGUCUAGAGUCCUAAUCAAAUAGAUCUCCUGUUGUAAUAAUAGUUUUUUUGCCAUCUCCACCUCUCCGCAAGGGUGGUAUGUGAUCGAUUGCCAUUAACUUGAAAGAUAGUAGUGUUUGUCCAUGCUCCAUGUCAGUAAGUAUACUCACAUGCAGACACAGACAAUCUCACUGACACAAGCAGAAAGACAAUCUCAUUGAUACACAAACUCAUUGACCUAAAAACACAAGCUCACUGAUACACACAAAUAUGCUCACUGACGGACAAUCUCACUGACAUACACAGCCAAGCUUACUGGUACACACACAACAAAAUAGUGCAAACUCUGACACUCACACAAGGUUACUACAGACAAACACAUUGGUAUACAAACACAAACUUACUACAGACAAGCUUACUGUCACACACACACUCACUCACUACAGACAAGCUUACUGUCACACAUAUGCUCCAUACAGACAAGUUCACUAACACACAUACACAUGCUCACUACAGAAAAUCUCACUUAUACACACAUGCUCACUACAGACAAACUUACUGACACACAUACAUGCUCACUACAGAAACGCUCAAUGACACACAUAAUUACAGCAGAAAAGCUCACUGACACACACAUGCUCACUGCAAAAAAAGCUCACUGACACACAUGCUCAUUACAGACAAACCUACUGACACACACACACACAAGCUCACUGACACAAACACAUGCUAAUUGCCACACAUGCACAUGCUCACUACAGACAAGCUCAUUGACACACACAUGCUCCCUACAGACAUCCUCACUGACACACACAUGUUUAUGACAGACAAACUCACUGACAUACACACAAACUCGCAACAGACAAGCUCACUAACACACACACUCACUACAGACAAUCUUAUUGACACACACACAUGCUCAGUACAGACAAGCUCACUGACACACUCAAAUGCUCACUACAGACAAGCUCACUGACACACACAAAUGCUCACUACAGAAAAGCUCACUGAUACAUAUACACAUGCUCACUACAGACAUGCUCACUGACACACAUGCUCACUACAGAAAAGCUAGCUGACACACACAAGUUUGCUUACACAUAAGCUCACUGACACACACACACAUGCUCACUACAGACAAGCUCGCUGACACACACAUGCUCAUUAUAAACACACACACACACAAGUUCACUAAAGACAAGCUCACUGAUACACACACACUCAAGCUCACUCACUAUCAGACACACACUCACACACACAUACACUCAAUCAAUCACUGUAAUGGGCUGAAGCCUACCUGUCACAGGAGGCUCUGGGAGACUGGGAGUACUGGAAGGCAAAGUCUGUCCUUCUGGCAAGGCCAGCAGCGUGAGUGUGGGGGUAGGGCCUUGAGGGGCAGGAUUUGCAAAUGGGAGGUGAGGCCUGACUGCGGGGGCAGAGCAUAGAGGCAUCAAAUUGCUGGUGAUUCAGAAGGGAGCCUCACAGAGCUCCCUCUGCCCCCCCCCCCCCCAGUACCUCCCUCUUUCUUUCCCUCAGACUGAGCUGCCACAGUCCGAGGGAAAAUUGCCUGUGGGGAGGGGACAUGUUGAAAAAUCCAUGGGGGGGGGGGACAAGUGCCCUCUCAUGUGACCCCCCUGCAGACACCCAUGGCAUUGCCCACCCUGACUUGUUGGGAUCUACCAACUUAACCACAUGUGAUCAACCACUAGUCCAAAGAUACAUUGUGCCCUGUUCAAACCCAUAAAUCGAUAAGCAUGUAUGUGGGAAACUGCAACCACAUUAACCCCUUCGGGAAUAAAAGGAAUCAUGACAUGUCACACAUGUCAUGUGUCCUUAAGGGGUUAAAGAGGCUCAUCUCCACCUACUGAUGCUGUUACCCAAUGGCAGUCUUAAAAGAUAGGACAAUAUGCAUGGCUGUCUAUUGGGGCAUCCAGGAUAGAUGCCCCAUGCAAAGCCAAUGGCUGAUGUCAGGAAUCUGCGUUAAGGGGCGUUUUUAUCUUCAGCAAUGUCUUGACGUGAUUAAUUGCUCAGUUGUCUGCAGCAUCUCCAUUCAUCAACAAAGACUAAAAUGGAAACUGCAGAUAUAAUUAUGACAACAUUCCUACUAUACACUUAUCAUUAAACGUUAUCAUGCUAAUAGAUUAUUUUUGGGGGGUUUUAUUGGCAACAAAAAAAAGAAAGAGGCGGUGCCCCCUAUACAAACAGAAGAUGAGGCAACCACAGGGUCCAUCCAGGAACAUGCCAUGCUCUGUGUAUUGGGAUGAACAGCACCCAUCUUUUUUUGUAUAUUAAAUGACCAUGUCAUCAUCCACUUUCAUCUUCUUGCCAGUUCUCAAUUUCUCUCCUGUCUGCUGCUCCUGUACCCGCACCACUAAUUCGCUUUUCAAGGACUUCUUGUGGGCUGUUCCAUUCUUAUGAAACAGAUUGUCUUCUCCAUCAGACUCUCUGCUAUUACGCCAUAAUUUAAGAAGUCCCUUGAUACCCCCUCACUUUAUAAUACCCUAUAAACCUCCCAGGAUAACUGUAAUUCCUCAAUCAUAUAUCCUUCUAUCUCAAAUUAAUUAAUUAAUUCUCACCUUCCAAUUCUGCCACGUCCCCACCCUGUCACCUGGUUGCUAUCCCCCACACUAUCCUCCCUAUUGUGUUCUUACACCCCACCUCUUCUAGAUUUUAAGCUUGUCCGAGUAGGGUAAUCAACAAUGUAGUGUUCCUGUCAAAACUUGUAAUAGUUUGUCUCAUGUUUCGUUAAAUUACCUUCAUUAUAACAUUAUAAAGCACUGCGGAAUAAGCUGACACUGCAUAAAUGGCAAUAAUAAUAAUAACUAAGGUUUGUGGGAGGUAUAAUAUGUCAAUUAAUUGAGCGACGCAUGUUGUCUCCCUUUGUUUUCCCAGCAAAAUGUGGUGGCUACUUAACAAACGCGGCAGGUAACUUUUCAAGUCCAGACUUCCCUUCAAAAUACCCCAACUCCAUGGACUGUUUUUGGAUCAUUUUGGCCACCCCUGGGAGUAAGGUGAUUUUUAAAAUGAAAAAUUUGUGUUUUUACCCCUUAAGGACCAAUGUCGUGAUAAUAGGGGACUGGUUUAACCACUGGUCAGUAAGGGGUUCAUUUGGCUUUCUACAAAUAAAUUUCUGAAGUUUGUACAGUUUUGGAAUAUAAAGGAGUCGGUGCUGUAAUAAACCAUUGAAACAGAAAUAAAUCCUUAUUAAAGCAGCAUGCAUUAUACUUGUGCACAGGGGGGAAAAAAUAGUUUCAGCUGAAUCACUUCGCCCCAAAAUAAAAACAAUUCUUUAAACUGUCGCAUUUCGAGCAAAACUCAUUUUGGCUAGUCCAAAUUUCAUUAACAAAAAAUAUUUGGAAAAAUGAAUCAGACAAAUGAGAAAGGCAUGAAAAUAGGCCAAUCAGUGUGACACAAUAUAAAUAUUAUAUAUAUAUAUAUAUAUAUUGCACGAAUAGGAGCAUUAUUCAGCCAUUUGAUUUGCAGAUCAAGUAAGACAAAACGUAACCAGUAAAGUGAAUAGGGGCACAAAAGAAAAUAUUUAUUUAUAUUUUUAUAAAAGUAUGUAUUUUUUUUUUAAUGCUCCUUUUUUCCCACUAUUGGUCACUUCUCACUUGAUCUGUGAAUUAAAAAAAAACAUUUACUGUCUGUCCCAUAGCUAUCAAUAAUCUUUUUACCUUUAAUUAUCUCUUUUUGGGGUGGGGGGUUAACAUGUGCAGAAUUCUGAAUCCCGAGUAAAAACGAACAUACCGGUAUUUGUCCAUUGUGUGUUUUGGUCUUGGCUUAGGCUCUAUUUCAGCUCAGAGUUUGAGAAUUCGGACGAUCACACAAUCGGUUCAAUUUCUGACAAAUUGCAGUUCGGUAUGAAGUAAAUUUCCAAGUCCAGCCAAAAUGUAUAUUUCCAUAAAUCUGUAAGCCUCUUGCCCAUGUAAUAAGUGUAAAAGGUCAAAAGUAUUUGGGUGUGUAAUAAAUCCCAAUACAGAUUGAGGGAACCACAUACUCCCUCUACAAACAUGUCAAGGAAUGCCCAGUUACCAGGCAUAUAAGUAAUCGUACUGGGUUCCCUUGGACUGGAGGCUACUAUUUUUAGAGACAUUCACGCCCAAAGUCAGUUCUGACGAACUGAGAUCCCGAUUUUAAUCCAAAAUGGGGUUGGAGAAAAUCUGAGACAGCUCGGUUAUUAUGGAAGCCAAAAUAUUACUGCAAUUACUGGAGGUAGCAAUGGCAAUCAAGAUGAAACAAUAUUUAUAAAUUAAGGAUAGCACACAGAAUCUGACCUUGUUUGAGGAAUUAUGAAGGAUAAGUCCAACCGUAGAGCAAGCUAUUUUAGUGAAGAGGAACAGCUCAGCUAUGUUAUCCUAAAUUUUACAUUUAAUUUCCCAGCUCUCCUCAACCCUCUGGUUAGCAAUUAAACUCCCGUGGCUUUCCCCUUAGCACGCAUUUUCAGGAAAAUUCACUCACAAAUAGAGUGGCGAUAAUCAAACUGUGUUUUUAUUGCAGAUAACAAUUCACAUUGCUCCUUUUAACAUGGAAUUCUCAGUGCGCUGCUCAUAUGACUAUUUACUCAUACGAGAUGGAUGGAAACAGAAGAAGCGAUGUGGUCUUAUUCCCAAGUUGCAUUUUACGUCUUCCAGCCAGUCUCUGGUCGUCCAUUUCCACAGUGAUCCGUCGGUGCAGGCAGAAGGGUUCCACGCCAGCUAUGUCUUCAGUAAGUGUCCCUGAGGAAUCCAGGGCCAAGGUUAUGGAUUCAGUCUGGGAUGCACUUAGGCAUUUGAUACCAGCAGCCGUUAAGUCUGCUUUAAAUGAUGGAAAGUAUGUCUGGUGAGAAGGCGACAUAUAUGUUACAGAAAGGAAACAUAUGCUACGCAAAGAGAGGAUGUAGAAUAGGAAAGACUCAUCCAUAAGAAUCCACGGAAUUAAGGUUUGAAGAAGAGGUGAGUUAGAGCUUUUAUCAGACGCUGUAAGAGUUUAUUUAGUAAACAGUGGAUUGCGGUGAACUAAAAAUUGAAUAGAGUUUCUGGGCCAUGUCACCAAUAUAUUAACAUUUGGCUAUUAAAAAAUGCUAUUUUUUAAAUUGAUAUUUAGAUUUCCGCUUAAAGUAUAUGGGCGGGCAAAGAAAAAGAGAACAAAAUAAAGACAAAUUAACACGUCAGAUGAUUAAAGGGCAACGGUCACCACAAAACUAUUUUUUAAUAUAAUAACCAUUUCACCAAGUAGUGAAAGGAAAUAGUUUUUUUUUCUAAUGAAUUGUUUUAUAAAAAAAUUAGAAAAACACAUCCCUGCUUUUAGUAUAUGGCAGGGUCCUUCAGCCAUAUACACGCACCUUGAUAUGUAGAGUGAAUUUCUAUUUUGUAUAAGGAGCAUGAAUGACUAUAAUUGUGCCGGUAAUAAUACUAUACAAAGAACUACUACUGAAUGGUAGAUAUACAGGGUAAAGCAGCAUAAAAACUUUCAACUCUGACAUUUCAUUAGGUAGUUUUCAAGCAGUUUCACACAAAUUGGGGGGGCCCCAGGGCGACUGUAGUCAGAGCCCUCUGUCAGCUGAAGUCCUUGCUUUAGAACCUAUUUACUUUAUACAGAAAACAAGCUGUGGUGCUUGGCUCACACAAUGCCUUUGACUGCUCUUGAGAAACAUGAGGAGUAGGUCCAGAUAUAUAGUGGGACCGGCACCAAACCCGAUCUCGCUUUGAAAGAUCAUUUGGGUCAGAUCAGUUUAGUGCGCUUGUAAUACAGUGCUUAAAGGAUCACUAUAGGGUCAGAAACACAAACAUGUAUUCCUGACACUAUAGUGUUAAACUCACUAAUAAGGUGACACCCCUUAGUCGCCCUAUAGAAGUUUUAAACUCACCUUAUUUACAGCGCCGCGCGAGUCAGCCGGCGCUGGUUCCGCCCCCUUUGAGACAUCAUUGAAAUGGGCCAUUUUUUUGCCGAUAGGGAAAGCAUUGGAUUGCCUAAAAUCGGCACAGGGGCAGGGCCAAAUGACAUUUUGGACAAUCAGGACCUCCUCAUAGAGAUGCAUUAAAUCGUGUGGGGACGCUGAAUGGCAGGGCUGCUUACUGUGCAGCCCUGAGCCAGGAGGCCCCUCCAGUGGCCAUCUAAGGAGUGGCCACUUGGAGGUGUCCCUAAGGGCAAUGUAAACACGGCCUUUUCUCUGAAAAAGGCAGUGUUUACAUGAAAAUGCCCAAAGGGAGCUAUUAUGCUAACUAGAUUAAGCUGUAGUUGUUCUGGUGACUCGUGUCCCUUUAACCAAUUAAAGUGAUUUAUUAGAUUAAUUUAGUAAUUUUCCAUACAGGAAAAGUUGUGCCGAGCAGCAACCAAAUCCACAGAAGGGUUAAUGCUGAGCAGCAAUUAUGCAAAUGGGAUCCUGGUAACUGACUUUGGGGUCAAAGGCCGGUUACAGCCUAUCAGAUCCAGAGGAGGGGUAUUUAGGCCCAGUUCUCAGCCUGCUCAGUGCCCUGUCGUGGUUUCACUUGUGGUUGUCCGAGAGCGCGUUCCUGAUUCAAGUUUCUUCUGGUUUUUUACUUUGGCUUUGAUUUUGACUUCCCUGUAUUCUGACUUCCCCUUAUCAUUGUGUCUCUUUCUGUAUCCCCUGACCUCGGCAAGUAUCCUGACUACUCUCUGGUAUGUUAAGUCCGGCCAUUCUAAGGCCCGGUAAUACCUUGCCUAUUAGUCAUCUGUGUGACACAAUUCUACGUGCUGGACCAACUAGUAAUCCUGACAGUAACAACUCCAAGCAUCACCAACAAUGUUCCUUUUAGGUGAGUCCGUACAAUUAUGUAAUGUUAUACAGGAAAAAUAGCAGGGCUUAAAAUUUCAAGUCCUACUUUACUUGCCACUGCGAGUCCAUGUCACGCUCAUCAGAACUAAAUGUUCAUUUGCCAGUGGCUAGUGUCAAUUUUGAACCCUGAUAAUGUACUAAUAAUAGGAAGAGCGAGUAUACUUUACAUUAGAGAAAAUUGCUGAAUGAAAGCGCUAGAUUGGCUAUAUGUGUGGUUCUAGUCCUAAUUGAAAUGAAAGCGCUAGAUUGGCUAUAUGUGUGGUUCUAGUCCUAAUUGAAAUGAAAGCACUAGAUUGGCUAUAUGUGUGGUUCUAGUCCUAAUUGAAAUGAAAGCGCUAGAUUGGCUAUAUGUGUGGUUCUAGUCCUAAUUGAAAUGAAAGCACUAGAUUGGCUAUAUGUGUGGUUCUAGUUUUACGUGUAUAUACAUAUUCCAUUUAACAGGUCACUGUUAAUCAAACUCCUAUUUAUUUGGCAAAAAAAGUAGCAGGUAACAUUUGAUUAGAACUAUGUGGGUGAUUUCUAAGCGAUGGGUGCUCUGUGUAACCCCUUGUGCACUAUAAUAUUUCUAUUAUUUAAUUGUGAUGAAUAUAUUUAAAACGGAAAAGGCAUCGUAUCCAUUUUAGUGUUUACUUUUUCUAUCCUUGUAUUUCCUUUUUCUGCUCCACUCAGGUCCCCAGAGCACUGUCCUCAGAUUUAUAUUACCUAGAACAUGCACUCGCUGUACGCAGAGUCUCCUUGGUAGCGGUUUCAGUCAUUACAUCUUCUAGGAUGAUUCCCACACUUCAUUUACUCUUAAAACUAGACCAGUGGAAGCCCUUUAGAUUUAUCAGACAGGGCUCCUGUGGCUUUGUCUAGCAUCCGUGGGCAUUGAUAAAUACUGUGUAUUUUCAGCAGAUUGUGUCCCAGUUUUUAACCAGUAGGUCAAAGUCUGUGUGUCGUACUGGUGUGGUUCAAAUAAGCUGUAAAAAUAAAGACAAUUGCAUUUAGUUUGAUUUCAACAUUUCAACAGUGCUGUCAUCAAUAACGCAUUUAGUUCCACUGGGAAAUCUUAGCUGAACUGCAUUUGUUUGCUUGGUAGCACAUGUUUGCACAUUGAAGGCCAAGCUGGUAGCACGGUUUUCAUUCAUAUAAACAUGUUUUAGAAUAAUAAAAACAUACAUCCAGGUCCUCAGUUACGCCUUGUCUGAUUCUGGCGCACACCUGACAUAAGAGAGCAGAGAGAGGUGGGUGCUGAAUGAUCCCAUAAACACAUAGCCUCCUGCCAUUGUAGGGAGACAGUAUAAGGUGGCCUGGGAAGGGUGGUUUUGCAGGAACUGUGCCAUGCUCACGUUGGUUACCACUUAGUGAUCUUGAGUACCAUACGGGCACUUGGAGUCACAGCUGGUUUGGGUCAUGACAGGAUACCCUGAAAGAUGAAAAACCCUUGUUUCCUAUUCUCCCACUCAGAGACAUUUGUCUUUAAAAAAAAAAAACCCAAACAAAAACAUGCAUAAUGGACCACACAACAGACAGAGAAUAAACAAAAAUGUAACAUAGCAAUUUUUACAAACGAAUACAAAAAUGUCAGUUACUUUAGUUACUGCAAUAAGAAGCAUCUGACACAAUCAAUCCAUUAGAUUCCAUUACAUUGUAGACCUGUAUAGACUAACCAUAAAAUGACCUGUUCCUGACAUUUCUUGCUUAAAAACGUAAUAUUAACCCUGUUUUCCUUCAUUUAACCACCAAUGUUAGUUUUUUCUUUAAUACUAAACACAUAUUUUUACAUAGUUAAAAUUAACAUAUUGUUUGUAUGUACGCACAUAUUAGUUUACAUUUGGGAACUGUAGAGACAUUUUUCUUUCAUUGUUGAUUUCUAACCAAAGCAGACCUUUUUCUUACUAAAAUUACCAUCAUGGAGGCAGCCAUCCUGACUUCUUUAGCAAGAUUAUUCCUCACCACUGCAGUAGACAACAAAAGAGGGUAACAACUAAAAAUGAGUGGGGUUAACUAUAGAUUGGUAGAGUUUCCAGUUUUUUAUUGUACUUGGGCAGAGAUAUCACCUGUUUGGAAACGGGGAGUCUCACCAAGAGUCCUUGCAGCUCUCUGCCAAAACAGCAAACACAGACAGGCAUAUUCACUACAGUGAGAAUUAUAAGUGAAUUUUUUUUUAAUUUCAAAUGUAAGGUCAAAACAGCUUCAAUGCAAAAAUUCUCUAAAUCUGAUGUGUUUUCAAUUCGAUCAGUUUGGCCUAAAAUUUAAAAUUCACUUUGAAUAAUCCUGAUAGCGAAUACUCAGAUACAUAGGUGAAUAUAAUUAAUGAUGGUGGCAUAUCUCCUACCAUUAAUGCACAGAAAUCUAAGUUAUAGGGAGGCAUAACCGUGGCAUUGGGUGUGCCAAUGCUUCAUAGGGCAUGCUUGCAACAAGGCUCAUGUCAGUGUUAUGUAUGUGCAGACACAUUGUUAGCACAUACAAAUAUUCCAGCCUAGCAUCUGUAUAUGCACAAAUAGUUGUGAAAUCAAUUGCACAUACUGGAAGAUGUUCACUGGCAGGACACACAGGUUACUUCCAUAUUGGGACUGUUCAACCAGAUUGGAGAUACUUGUUAGGUAUAUAGCUAUCUGAAGAAACUAUCCCAUGUGAUAGAAAAAAAACUAAACUAAUAUUCCAACAGCUAACUUGUGCAGAGUUUAAAUUCUGUAUCAUGUAAUAUAGGAAAAAUAAAAUUUUGGGAGCCCUUACUGUCUGUGACAUUAAGAUACAUUAUGGGGCUGCACAGACGGCCUCUAGCUAUGUGUGUAUUUAGCACUUUGCACCUGUUGGACAAGUCGUGUUACACCACUAGCUCUUUGAACAGCCUGUAAUUAGUGUUAGAUGAGUAACCAUUGGGCUAUGUUAUAUACAAGCUUAGCAUUGUAAGGGUCAGCUUAGUAAUGCAUUCUUACUACAAUGUGUAGGGAAAAACAGGCCUCUAAGUCACUCAUGCUAUGUGUCAUAUAAUAUCCUGACUGUGUUCUAUUACAGCUGGUACAACAUUGAACAAACCAUUCUUUUAUGUGUGAUUUUUCCAGCCCCUGCCAAAUAACUACAGCGUAGCCUGCAAUAAUUCUGAGUAGAGAACGUCGGUCUUCUCAUUGACCACCAGAUGGCACUAAAACCUAAGAAUGAACCACUGAACCCUUUGUUUUAUUCACAAAAGAUUGGGAGAUUACAGAUUGAAUAUUUGAGCUGCCUAAUCACGCUGCAUUUCUG